AAACUGUAUACAUACGUACUUGUUUGUAUAACGUCACAUCAUACGUUGCAUUUCUCUGCGCAAUAUUUUAGCAUGAAAGUCUAUUUAUAUAUAGUAUUGAACAUUCGUUCAUUUUGUAUUUUUCUAAUUACAUAAUAUAUCAACUUUCUCGUGUUAAUGCUGUUUUAACGCUCUUCCAAAAAUGUUUCGUCCAGUUUUCUCCAGACCAGGAGAUAGCAUGUGGCAGGAAGAUAAGCCUGAUAUUGACGCCCACUCAUCAACACAAUUUGUUUACAAUGCACACCAUUCUCUUGCACUUGAUAUGCAACGUCAACAUUUGCCCAUAUUUAAAAACAAAAAUCACAUUAUCUACUUGUUGGAAAAAUAUCAGACUUUAGUUCUGGUAGGUGAAACAGGCUGUGGCAAAAGCACACAAGUACCUCAGUAUCUACUUGAGGCAGGAUGGUGCGCAGACGGGAAAAAGAUCGGCAUCACGGAGCCCAGAAGGGUCGCGGCUACCUCCUUGGCGGCUCGUGUGGCCGACGAACGCAAUUGUGUUCUAGGUACCACAGUCGGCUACUCCAUACGCUUCGAUGAUUACACUGAUGAAACAACCAAGAUUAAGUACAUGACCGAAGGUAUUCUUCUACGAGAAUUAAUGAGCGAUCCGUUGUUAACGAGCUACUCGGUUAUUAUAUUGGACGAGGUGCACGAGAGAACGCUUCAGACUGACAUCAUAAUGGGACUGUUGAAAAAAAUAAUUAGGAAACGAAAGAGUCUGAGAAUUGUCGUUUCAUCGGCGACGGUCGACGCGGAGGAGCUACGAGACUUCUUUAACGUUAAUGCAACAAAAGACUCGGACAAAGAUAGCGCCGUUAUCAUGAGCGUUGAAGGGCGAUUAUAUCCAGUAGAAGUAUUUUUUCUGAAAGAACCUGUGGCAAAUUACGUUAACGGUGUGGUAGAUACCGUUCUAAAAAUACACGAAACGGAAGAACCGGGCGAUAUCUUGGCGUUCCUCACGGGACUCGACGAAGUCGAUCAAGCUGUUUCUCUUUUAUUGGAACACGCGAAACUGAUCAAAGACGGCAAACAAAAAUUACUUCCGUUGCCGAUGUACGGAUCGCUUCCAAACUCGGAGCAGUUAAAGGUCUUUUGGAGAGCCGCCAAAGACACUCGUAAAGUUAUCGUAGCGACCAACAUCGCCGAAACGUCUAUUACCAUUCCAAAUGUAGUUUACGUUAUUGAUAGCGGUUUCGUCAAGAUACCUUGGUUCGACACUGAAACACAGACAGAUAAUCUCGUUAUCGUGCCCGUAUCGAAAGCUUCAGCCGAUCAACGAGCCGGUCGCGCAGGUCGCGUCCGCACAGGAAAAGCUUACAGAUUGUACACGGAGGAGGCUUACACCGAAUUAUUCAAGGCUACACCACCGGAAAUGCAACGAUCAGAUUUGGCGCCGGCCAUAUUGCAAUUGAAAGCGCUGGGCAUCGAUAAUGUUGUGCGAUUUAAUUUUCCGUCCGCGCCGCACAGCAAGAAUUUGAUCGCGGGCUUCGAAUUGCUCUACGCGUUGGGCGCGAUCGACGGCAAUGGGGAGUUGACAACACCGUUGGGACUGACGAUGGCUGAGAUACCUUUGGAACCGGUGUUAGCAAAAUCUUUAAUCGCUUCUGGUGAGAUAGGUUGUUCCGAAGAAAUUACAACGAUACUUGCUAUGCUGCAAGUUCAAAAUGUUUUUAUACAACCCGGUGGAGGGCAGGCGGCUCUAAAAGCGAGAAUAGCGCAUCGAAAAUUCGAGGUAGAAGAGGGUGAUCUUCUCACCUUGCUUAACGUUUAUACGGCUUUUGAUCAGAAUAAAACUCCCGCCUGGUGUCAGAAAUAUUUCCUCAAUCACAAAGCUCUGCGGAGAGCUACCGAGAUUCGCGUGCAGAUGCACAAAAUGCUGAAACGUCUAAACAUUCCGUUAACAACUUGCAAUGGAAAUGUCCAACAAAUUCUUAAGUGUUUAGUGGCUGGUCUCUUCCCUAAAGCAGCGUAUUUACAUUACACAGGCGUGUACAGAACGGUACGAGGUACCAAAGACAAAGACUUGUAUAUUCAUCCAAAUAGUUGCUUGUAUACUUUGCAGCAACCGCAAUGGUUGCUGUUUUGCGAAGUUGUGCAAACAAAUAAAGCUUACAUGAAGGAUCUGACUGUUAUACAACCAGAAUUGUUGUUGGAAGCAGCGCCACAUUUUUAUGAAAGAACAUCCAUUGAAGUUGUUUAAAACAUUUGCAUAGAUAAUAUAUAAAAUAUUACAACUCUCUUAUAAAUACAUAUAUAUUUAUUUUUUAAGUCUUUACCUUCAAAUUCGCAAUAGGAUGUAACAUCUAUGUAAUUGUAUUUUAUCUUUUUUCAACUUUUAUUUAUUUUAUAUAAUUUAUAACAAUUCGUACUCGACCAAUUGCUAUUGAUCAGUUUCAAGUGUUGCAAGUGCAACUCGCAACAACCGACUGUUGCAGAUCCGACCUAACAAUUUUAGCGCCUCUGUUGUUAAUAGGUCUGUUCUUUUUCCAUACUUUAGCUGCACUAGUUCACAGUCUAUCUUUUUUUAUCUAUAUUAAAAGGAAAGAUAGACUGUAAACUAGUGCAACCAAAGUAUGGAAAAAGAACAGACUUAAUAUUACAAAGUUCAUUGGAAUUGUCAUAUUCCUUGCAUGUUCUUUUUGUUACAGAUUAAGUUAGCUCGCAAGUUUGAUUGAUUUUUUUAAGCAGAGAGAAGCCUGUGAGCGGCCGACUCACUAUUUACUCACUAUGAAUAAUUUUUCCACGUUUAAUCACGUUGUGAAAAUUGCAAUGUCAUGUUCUUCGUGCGCGAUUACUGGGGAUCAAUUGUGUACUUAUCAUGCAAUGUAAGUGAAAAUUACAAAAGCGAAUUUACUAAAAUAUCUAUGAUUUCAUUUUAGUCAACAAACUAGCAAAUUUUCUUACUUUUGUAAUUUUCACUACUUUGCAUAGAUACACGAUCGCUUCCCUAAUGCAAAUGUAAGGAAUAUAUUAUUAUAAUCGUCGCUGAAUAUUUUACGGGCAUCUGAAUAUUUAACGCGUCUUUGCGCUUUGUCAAUUGUACUUGCAAAACAUAACACGAGAGUGCUGUCAAAAAAAAAAAACAUCUUUUCUUAAGAAUACUUCGUAGUUGAUUUUCGCUCUUGAGAAGAACAACACGAAAAGUGACAUCAAGAAGGAAAAAGAUUAUCCGUACACACACACACACACACACGUAAUGUCGGAUACCUCAAGGUUAGGGACCUCACCGUG